GCGCACUAUUUACGUCAUGACUCGGCGCCGCCCCGGCGACUCUAAUGGGAGAUCGGCCUCUGUUCUGCGGGCUUGUCCCGUUGCGCGUUCCUGCCUUGACAUCGUCAUCUUCCGUCAUGAGCAGGACGCUGAAGGCCCCGGGUCUCUGACUGCGCCCCUGGAGCCCGGGCAGCCGCACCAUGGCCGCGGUGGCAGCCCUUGCGGCAACCGGGGCCGGAGGAGCUGGAGCCGGGAGCCCGAGCCCGCCGCCGGCGGCGUCCGCUCGCAGGGACUUCUACUGGUUGCGCUCCUUCGUGGCUGGAGGUAUUGCAGGAUGUUGUGCCAAAACAACCAUUGCACCUUUGGAUCGAGUGAAGAUACUAUUGCAGGCACAUAAUCGCCAUUACAAACAUUUAGGAGUAUUUUCUACUUUGUGUGCUGUCCCUAAAAAAGAAGGGUUUCUUGGAUUGUAUAAAGGAAAUGGAGCAAUGAUGAUUAGAAUCUUCCCAUAUGGUGCAAUUCAAUUUAUGUCCUUUGACCAUUAUAAAAAGAUAAUUACCACUAAACUUGGGAUUUCUGGACAUGUACAUCGGCUAAUGGCUGGCUCCAUGGCAGGCAUGACAGCAGUCAUUUGUACUUACCCACUUGACAUGGUUAGAGUUCGUCUGGCAUUCCAGGUGAAAGGAGAACACACAUACACAGGAAUUGUUCAUGCAUUCAAAACAAUUUAUGCAAAGGAAGGUGGUUUUCUUGGGUUUUACAGAGGAUUGAUGCCUACUAUUAUAGGAAUGGCUCCUUAUGCAGGAGUUUCCUUUUUUACUUUUGGUACCUUAAAGAGCGUUGGUCUCACUCACGCUCCUACCUUGCUUGGAAGACCUUCAUCAGACAACCCUAAUGUCUUAGUGUUGAAAACACACAUUAACUUGCUUUGUGGUGGCAUUGCUGGAGCAAUAGCACAGACAAUAUCUUAUCCACUUGAUGUAACUCGUCGCCGAAUGCAAUUAGGGACUGUUCUCCCAGAUUCUGAAAAGUGCCUUACAAUGUGGAAGACACUGAAGUAUAUCUAUGGACACCAUGGAAUUCGCAGAGGACUGUAUCGCGGCCUGUCUCUGAACUAUAUUCGCUGCGUUCCCUCACAAGCGGUGGCGUUUACGACCUACGAACUCAUGAAGCAAUUUUUGCACCUGAACUAAAGUCUUGUAUUUCUGUAAGAUUGUCCAGGGAUACACACAUGUGCAUGUACAUGCACACAUGCAUAUGUAUUCGUGCACACAAACAUACACUGUUAUAUUUACAGUGGGGAGGGGAGGGGAGGAGAAUUAAUGGAAGUGGAAAAUUACUCUGUCACCUUAAUCCCUGGUACUUGACUACUUGAUUUUUUUUUAAGCCAAAAACCAGAAGUGCUUCCUCUAGUUUUUUGAUGCCAUAAUUUGUGGUUUCUUGAUAUGAAAACACAUCUUUAGGCUGACUCUGGGUGUUUUAUUAAGUAAAUCAAUUUCAUUAAAAUAAAGGAUCCAAGAGAAACUGGUGAAAGAUACACUGGUGUCUAUCACAGUUUUCUGAGUUUUAUCAUGUUCUUCCAAGCUUUUAUUAGUAAUCAUGGCAUGAGAAAUCUCAGGCUUAUGCCAGAUUUAAUUUAAAAUUAUGCUGGAUUUUUAAAUGAACUGGGUUCAUUUUCAUUUUUAAUUGGAUUUAGUAAUUUGUUAUUAUUGUAGCAAGAAUUUAUGCUGAUAUUUUAUCUUGCUCAGGACAAGCCAGCACUGAAAGGGUGAUAUUUUGGUGUUGGCAGGGCUGGAGGUGGUGGUGACUGUUAUCUUGUCUAAAUCAAUACAAUGAACCAUGGGUUAAAAAUGUCAUUUUUAAAAUAAAAUUUUCAGUGUGACAUAAGUGGUAACAUAAUGAUUCAGAAGCUAAGUAAACUUAGUUGCAGAUGUUAUAAUUUUUUUUAAAAAAAUUCUUCCUUGACACGAUGGCAUAUUUUAUAUAAAUUUAAAAAAACACAACAAAUUACUCCUGAAGGACAUUUAUAACAAAAGUAAACCUACUAUUCUCAAAAAACAGUUCAACACCGAGAGAGAUUGUAUGUGUUGAAGAAGAUUGGUUUAUGAUUUCUGUUGCACAAGAUACACAGGUAUAUUGAAAGCAUCCAUGUUGUUGAUGUAGUGAUCAAAGGGUGUUUACUGUGUUUGUAUAUACAGUAGUACGCUAUGUGCAUUAAUAAAUUACUGGAUCAAAAUGUUCUUCCAUGAAACAGACUCCUAUCUUGCAAAUUUAUUUAAUGGAGAAAUUGAAUAAAUUUCCAGUAGUCAGUCUCCUGUUUAAAAACAAGCAAGUUAAAAAUGCAAGAUUUUCAUUCUUUUAGCCACUUGUUUUAGGGUCAUUUUUAUUUAUUAUUGUAAAUAUUAUUUUAGAGGUCACGAUGUGUAGAAUCAUUACCAUGAGGUAAAUCAUCAGAAAAUUAGUUGAAAUCAUUGUGUGCUUCCAUAUUUGUUUUGGGAUAAGACAAUAAGCAUUUUUGUCAUUGCCUUUGUCAAUUAAUGAGUUUUAGGGGAAAAUCAGAUGAUCAGUUUUCAAAAGAAAAUCAGUUUAUUUUCUUUUGUCUUAUCAGGUAAAUAUUUGAUUUAUAAACCUCUUAGUUAAUGGAACUGCAUGUGUUCCUAGAGCUAUGUUGUAUGUUUCUUCUUCUGGGUUACACUAGAGCUACAUAUUGUCAGACCAUCAGGAAGUAAUUUAAAUAAAACCAUUUUCUUCUGUUGUCCCCUGAAAGGGAACUACAGAUGUUUUACUGAAGGAAAACUUGCAUUCUGUUCCAUUUAUAGAAUAAAUACAUGCAGAAAUUUAAGAAUAAA